UGUCUGCCCUUUCCCCAAAUGGAUGUUAUUAUCUGUAAACAUGUGCCACUUGCGAAGCGUUGAAAGCUUUCUGCUGCGAUUCUCAGAGAGAACCAGUCACCGGGUCCCCGUCACGGUGCCCGGCUGGAGCCACAACUGAAACACUCAUCCAUUACUCAUCUUUUCUGCGUUUUGUUUUCAUUAUCCACACCGUUAGCCCUCACCCCACCGCCAUCAUUUUUUCCAACGGGUCUCUGGGCACCCCUCGGCGCACUCCUCGUCCCAUCGUCUCCUCCACCCUGGAGGGGCGGGGGUCCCUGGAGUGGAGCAUGAGCGGGUGCCACUACCCCUCGCCACCAGUGCCGGAGCGGGACCGCAGGUACCAGCACAAAGUGUCGCUGGUAGUGCGCUACUUCAUGAUCCCCUGCAACAUCUGUCUGAUCCUGCUGGCCACGUCUACGCUGGGCUUCGCCGUCCUGCUGUUCCUCAACAACUACAAACCGCCUCACUUCACUCCGGCCCAGCCUCCUGAUGGCUGUCGGGGUAUGCUGUGUGGCUUUGGUGCCGUCUGCGAGCGCGACCCAACAGACCCAGCCAAGGGAGAGUGCGUCUGCAAGAGAGUGGAAUGUCCGUCGCUGGUGGCUCCGGUGUGCGGCUCAGAUUCGUCCACCUACUCCAACGAGUGUGAGCUGGAGAAAGCCCAGUGCAACAUGCAGCGACGGAUCAAGGUGCUUCGCAAGGGCCCCUGCUCUCUGAAGGACCCCUGCACAGAGGUGACUUGCAGCUAUGGCAGCACUUGCGUCCAGUCGUCAGACGGCAUGUCAGCCAAAUGCAUGUGCCCCCUCGGCUGUGACGGCAAACCCGAUCAGACAGUGUGCGGCAGUGAUGGAAAGGACUACCGUAAUGAGUGUGAACUCCACCAGCAUGCCUGCAAAGACCAGAAGAACAUACGAGUUCAAUACCAGGGGCACUGCGACCCAUGCAGAGACCAGGAGAACGGCCUGACACUGUGUCGAGUACAGACUGCCACCCGGCAGCCCUUUUUGUUUGGUCCACCGAAGUCGUGCCCUCCUGGAAACGGGCCUCUGUGUGCCAGCGAUGGCCAGACCUACAACAGCGAGUGUGUUAUGUCGACCACAGGCAUUCAGAAAGACAUCAAGCUCAAAAAGAUCCACGAUGGGUCAUGCAGAAAAGAAGAGGGCUGCGGAGAAGAGUGUCUGUUUAACUCUGUGUGUCUGGUGGAGGAGCUGGGCUCCCGCUGCUCCUGUGAUCCCAUCGAUUGUGACGGCAGCUACAAGCCCAUCUGUGGAAAGGACGGGCGCAGCUAUAACAACGACUGUUUGCGACGCAAGGCGGAGUGUCUGAGCAAAAGUCUCAUCCCCAUCAAGCACUCGGGGCCCUGUGAUCUCAACACACCGAGCCCGUGCUUCAAUAAGACGUGCGAUCAUGGGGCGACGUGUGUGGUCAAGAACAACGAGCCAGUGUGCGAGUGCCUCCAAGUCUGUUCUCAGACGUCCGACCCCGUGUGCGGAUCCGAUGGCCACAGCUACGGCAGCCCAUGUGAAAUGCGAGUGAUGGGUUGUGCCUUGCAGAAGACCAUUCACAUCCAACACAAGGGACCAUGCGACGAAGCUUGUGCCAACUGCUCCUUCGGGGCGAUCUGCGAUGUCCAGCGCGGUCAGUGCGUGUGUCCGUCGGAGUGUGUCGAGUCCCAUCAGCCUGUGUGCGGCAGUGAUGGCACCACCUACAACAGUGAGUGUGAGCUGCACGUUCGAGCCUGCAAAGACCAGCUGGACCUGCGAGUGGUCAGCCAAGGAGAGUGCAAAACAUGUGGCAACACAGUUUGCGCUUGGGGUGCCCGUUGUGUCGAGAAUAAGUGUGAGUGCCAGGAGUGCUCAGGCGAUGAGUCCUCCCCAAUGUGUGGUAGUGAUGGUAAUACCUACGACAAUGAGUGCGAACUCCGCAGGUCCUCCUGCAUACAGAAGAGGAAAAUUGAUGUGGCGCAGCCCGGCAGCUGUGAUGAAGACUGUGGUUCUGGGGCAUCGGGCUCUGGUGCUGAGGGCUGUGAACAGGAGCGCUGCAGCAUGUUUGGGGGCUACUGGGACGAUGAUGCAGAGGAUGGACCUUGUGUCUGUGGAUACUCAUGCGAACAUGUGCCUCUGAAGUUGGUUUGUGGCUCAGACGGGCAAACCUACAACAACGAGUGUGCACUAAAGAAUGCCAGAUGUCUGGGUAAAAAGCACCUGGAGGUUCAAAGUGUGGGGCCCUGUUCAGCUGCAUCAUCUGUAUCUCCGACUGAGCUGAAAUCAGUCCGUCACUGCAGUUUGUCUUUGUACGGAUGCUGCUCCGACAAUUCGACGGCCGCUUUAGGAGCUGGGCAGGCUGGAUGUCCCAGUUCUUGUCAGUGUAAUGUCCACGGCUCCUACAAAGGUACAUGUGAUCCCACCACAGGGCAGUGCUCCUGUAAGCCAGGUGUCGGCGGGCAGAAGUGUGACCGCUGUGAGCCGGGCUUCUGGAAUUUCCGAGCCAUCGUGACCGAAAACAUGAGCGGCUGCACGCAACCCAUCUCUGAACUGGCUGAUCGACCCACCCCCAACCCUCCCGCCACCACCCCCAGCUCAACUGCCGCAGCCGCCAUCACCACCACUGCCCCCUUCCACCCUAACAUGGUGUGGGCCAUCCCGCCUCCGAUGCCAGCCACCUCCGAGUCCCUCGAGCAGCCUCAGAUCACCACCGCCUUUUCCACCUCCACCCACAAACACCGCCACUCCAUCCACAUCCAGCCUGGGGCGCCGGAGCCCACCGCCACUGCCAGCAUCACCUCCUCCUCGCUCAGCAGUCCUGCCCCCACCUCUGCCACAGCCUCGUUUGAGGGCUCAGGCAGCGGGGAGCCAAGCGGCGAUGACCAGGCCGAUGAAGAGGAUACCACAGAAGAUGUUAGUAGUGGCAUCCAGCCAGAAGCCAGUGGGGCAGACAAGACUGUUGAUUCUACUACAGUGCCCACUACCACUCCACCCACAGCUGAGGACAGGUCAUCCUGUGACAACACUGAGUUUGGCUGCUGUCCCGAUGGCAAGACUCCAUCCAGCACCCCUGAGGGCGUCAACUGUCCUCCAACGAUGAAGUUCUCUGGCUUCCUGAAUCUUGACCAGGUGGAAGGUCAGGAGAUUUUCCACACGCCUGAGAUGGACGACCAAAAGUCCGAGUUGUUUGGAGAGACGGCCCGCAGCAUAGAGAACGCACUGAACGAGUUGUUCAGGAAGUCGCCGGUGCACAGAGACUUUCUGGGCGUUCGCGUUCGCAACCUGAAACCCAGCCGCUCCAUCUUGGCCGUGGUGGAGGCUCGCUUCAGACCGGACACGAGAUACACCGAGAAGGACAUCGUAGCAGCCCUGCUGAAACAGUUAAAGGCCUCCAAAGACACCAGCAUCUCUGUGAAGAAGCCUGAGGAUGAGAAUAUUGGCUUCACUAAUUAUGGCCUGUCCAGCAUCCCCUUCUUCACCACUACUACCACCACUACACCGGCCGUCACCACAGCUGCCCCUAUCACCACAACCAGACCUCCGGCGACCUCCCCCUACAUCACCCGCCGCCCACCAGGCACCACCCGCCGGCCCUCCGGUGGCAGGCGUACAACCACGACAGCAGCUCCGGUCACCACGCCACGCCAUUCCAUUACCACGACCACGCUGCCACUGGCCACCGUUCGAAAAACGCCUCGGCACAAGCCCUGCGACUCCCACCCCUGUCUCCAUGGGGGCACUUGCGAGGACGACGGCAACGACUUCAGCUGCAAAUGUCCUGCUGGACGAGGAGGGACCGUGUGCGAGAAGGUGAUCAAAUACUUCAUCCCAUCUUUCGGUGGCCAGUCGUACUUGGCUUUCCCGACAAUGAGCGCCUACCACACGGUCCGCAUAGCCAUGGAGUUCAGAGCGUCCGAGACGAGCGGCCUCCUCCUCUACAACGGUCAGAUGAAGAAGAAGGACUUCAUCUCUCUGGCUCUGGUUAACGGCAGAGUGGAGCUCAAGUUUAACACCGGAUCCGGCACUGGCACCUUGAUCAGCAAAGUUCAAAUCAAUCAGGGACGCUGGCAUCAGCUGGUUGUAACGCGCAGUCGCCGAACUGCCGUGCUCCGUGUCGACAACGAGUCACAGGUCCAGGGUGACAGUCCUCCGGGCACAGACGGCCUCAAUCUCGACACCCAGCUGUUUAUUGGAGGGGUGACGGAGGAGCUGAAGCAGGAUGUGAGGGAGCGGACAGGGGUUUCCUCAGGCCUGGUGGGCUGCAUCCGCAUGCUGGAUGUCAACAACCGGAUGCUCAACCUUCAGGAGAGCGACGGGGACAGUCUUUUUGGCAGCGGGGUUGGUGAAUGUGGGAACAACCCCUGUCAGCCCAAUCCCUGCAAGAACGGUGCCGAGUGCCAAGUCAAGGAGGCCGAGAUGUUCCACUGCAAGUGUCGCAGGGGCUUCUGGGGUCCAACAUGUGCUGACAUCCAUGACCCGUGCGUCCCCACCAAGUGCCAUGUGACUUCUCAGUGCAGAGCGUUGCCCGAGGGAGGAUACAAAUGCGAGUGUCCUAUGGGCCGCGAAGGAAGACACUGCGAGAGAGUGGUUGAGAGGAAAGGAGCUUACAUGCCUCUGUUCAAUGGAGACUCGUACCUUGAGCUGAAGGGGCUUCAUCUCUACGGCCAUGAUCUGCGUCAGAAAAUCAGCAUGACGGUGGUUCUCAUGGCCAAUGAUUCCAACGGUUUGAUCUUCUACAACGGCCAAAAAUUGGAUGGAAAGGGAGAUUUUAUCUCUCUGUCUUUGAAUAACAGGAUAUUGGAGUUUCGCUACGACCUGGGAAAGGGACCGGCUACCAUCAGGAGUAAGGAACCUAUCCAGCUGAAGGUGUGGAACACCGUCAAUCUGGAACGCUCGCUCCGCAAAGGAGAGAUCAUGGUUAACAAGAAGGACCCUGUUCGAGGAGAAUCCCCUAAAUCACGCAAGAACAAACACACAGAUCUCAAUCUGAAAGAGUCGCUCUUUGUUGGCGGAGCUCCUGAUUACAGCAAACUGGCGAGAGUUGCUGCUCUCACAGAGGGAUUCAAGGGAACGAUCCAGAAGAUCAUGUUGAUGAGUACGCCCAUCCUCAGGGAGGAGAACGCCCUGAACUCCAGCAACGUAGCCAUGUUCCAGGGCCACCCGUGUUUUCGUGAACCCUGCCAGAACGGCGGGCGCUGCAACCCUCAGCUGGAGCGCUACGAGUGUUCCUGUCCAACUGGCUUCUCAGGGGAAAACUGUCAGAACACCAUCCAUGAGAAGUCCGCCGGAGACACCGAGGCCAUAGCCUUUGACGGGCGGACUUUCAUCGAGUACCACAACGCUGUCACGAGGAGUGAAAAGGCUCUGCUGGUAAACAAAUUUGAGCUGAGCAUCCGGACCGAGGCGACGCAGGGAUUGUUGCUGUGGAGCGGGAAAGGCGUGGAGCGCUCCGACUACAUCGCCCUGGCCAUCGUGGACGGACACGUCCAAAUGACGUACGACUUGGGCUCCAAGCCCGUGGUGCUGCGCUCCUCGGUGCGCGUCGACACCAACCGCUGGAUACGCAUCAAAGCCAGCAGAGCGCUCCGAGACGGCUCUCUACAGGUCGGCAACGAGGCAGCGGUAACGGGGUCGUCACCUUUAGCAGCCACUCAGCUGGACACAGACGGAGCUCUCUGGUUAGGUGGUCUAGAGGAGCUGGCAGUGGCGCGCCGGUUGCCCAAGGCCUACAGCACCGGCUUCAUGGGCUGCAUCAAGGAUGUGGUGGUGGACGGCGUGGACGUCCACCUGGUGGAGGACGCCUUAAACAGCCCUAAAAUAUUACACUGUUCCGCCUCCAAAUGAACCGGGCAGAGACAAAAAGUUGCGAGACCGAAAAUGAAACAUGUCAAGAAACCCUCCCGCCCGCUCCCUCCAUAA